GUAUCUUAUCUAUUUAAAGCCAUCCAGAUCCCCUCAUAUUCUCACGGUAUCAGAAGGAUUCCAAGCGAAAUUCGAUUAUCCGCCCUAAACCCUCCUCGAAAGAUCUCGCCUUUCUCUGAAAUUCUCGGGGUUUUACGUCGGAAUCUGCAGUUUCCGGUGCCCGGUCGUCGUCGUCUUUGUUCGUUCCAUGCUCCGGCGCUUUCUGCUUCGAUCGUAAAAUUGGGGAAGAACAAUUCGUCGGCAUCACGGCUAUACACGGGAUAAUAACUCGGACAUUCAGCUUUCAUGUCCGACGCAAGGUUUGCUUGAUCGAGACCAACCCAUCGCCGCACGGUGGACGUGGAGCUCUGCCGUCUGAAGGCGGCAGCCCUUCUGAUCUCCUCUUCCUCGCCGGCGGCGGUUCUACUCUCUCCACCACCAGCUUUUUCCUCUUCUAUUAGGCUUUUAGUUUUUCAGGCCGUAGAGUGAUUUGCACUGUUUGUUAGUUCGCGUUUUGUGUGGGUUUUUCUCUUCGAUUUCGAGAAUGUUGAAGAUCAAGAGGGUCCCGACCGUCGUGUCGAACUACCAGAAGGAAGAGACGACGGAAGAGGCUGUCCGUUGCGGAGGGUGUGGCCGGAAUUGCCUCGGCAAGUGCUGCAUCGAUGGUGCAAGGCUUCCCUUGUAUGCCUGCAAGAAGCUCGACAAAGUGAUCGCCGGUGAGAAGCUUGUGGUCAGACACGAGGACAGAGAGCUUCCCGUGGCAUUCCUCGAGUCCCUCGUUCUUGGGGAGUGGGAGGAUCGGUUCCAAAGAGGACUUUUUCGCUAUGAUGUCACCGCCUGUGAAACCAAGGUUAUUCCGGGCAAAUAUGGAUUCAUCGCUCAGCUGAACGAAGGCCGACACCUCAAGAAGAGGCCAACCGAGUUCCGUGUUGAUAAGGUUCUCCAGCCUUUUGAUGGGAACAAGUUCAACUUUACUAAAGUUGGCCAAGAAGAGGUGCUCUUCCAGUUUGAAGCUACCGAAGAUGGCGAAGCUCAAUUCUUUCCAAGCAUGCCUCUUGAUGCUGAUAACUCGCCCAGCGUUGUUGCCAUCAAUGUUAGUCCGAUUGAGUAUGGGCAUGUGUUGCUGAUCCCACGUGUUCUUGAGUGCUUGCCUCAGAAGAUCGACCACCAGAGUUUUUUGCUUGCCCUUCACAUGGCUGCUGAGGCCGGUAAUCCGUACUUCCGACUUGGUUACAACAGCUUGGGUGCAUUCGCCACCAUCAACCAUCUGCAUUUUCAGGCUUACUAUUUGGCCAUGCCGUUCCCGAUCGAGAAAGCUCCUACCAAGAAGAUCACUACCACCGAGACUGGUGUGAAGAUUUCGAAACUUGUGAGUUUCCCAGUCAGAGGGUUUCUCUUUGAAGGCGGAAACUCCGUGCAGAACCUAUCUGAUACCGUGUCGGAAGCCUGCAUUUGCCUCCAGAAUAACAACAUCCCUUUCAACAUUCUCAUCUCCGAUUGUGGAAAGCGGAUUUUCCUGCUGCCUCAGUGUUAUGCAGAGAAACAAGCUCUAGGAGAAGUGAGACCAGAGCUACUGGACACACAAGUGAACCCUGCCGUCUGGGAGAUAAGUGGGCAUAUGGUGCUGAAGAGAAAGAAGGACUAUGAAGAGGCGACAGAGGAAAAUGCUUGGAGUCUACUUGCAGAAGUAUCUCUCUCAGAGGCAAGAUUCGAGGAAGUGACAGCUCUAAUCUUCGAGGCCAUAGGCCAAUGCGGCCAAGAACAGGACAGAGGAGGAGAACCCGAUCUCGAGAACCCGAUGGACGGCGAUGUGGACGCGACCCUCCGGUCCCACGGCGGUCCCACUGUGAACAGGACUGGACCCGAGUGCCUUGUCCUUCAGUGAAGACGACAAGGGUGUCUGUUCCUUCCUGCUCGUGGGGUUUGGUUCGUGUCUGCAAUUAUGAUAAUCUAAUGGCGUAAAUAAGCAAACUCUUUGUAGUUGCAUCCGUCUGGUAUUUGCUUGAAAGCUUGUUUUUUUAUGAUGUUUCUGUGUAAAAAACAUCACUGGACAUUCGGGAUGUGUCAGGAAUUUACCGGUAGUGUUCUAUGCUUUUGGCUUCUUCUAUCAAUGUACCAUGUGGUUUCUUUAGGGUAUUCGUUUCUGGUCCUUGCUUGUCGCCCAAGAAAGCUUUUAGCUAAUUGAAUCUUUGGCAAUU